AUGUCGACGAACGGCACCCGAUUAAACGGCAAGCGCCUGCCGAGACCUCCAUAUAAACAUCCCAUGGAUGCCCGUGUGCGAAUCUUCCACGGCGACGAGUUGGUUCUAGCCAUUACGCCAGAGGGAGAAGAGCUUGGUUAUGUCGUCAAUCUCCAUGA